GAAAGUAAAAUAGCAAAGUUAGAUUCAACUUCUGUAAAAUGGUAAUAUGAUUCUGCUGUUUAUAGCUACGGACAAAGUUCUUUCACUUAGCAGAGAAAUGACAGAGUACUUGCUGAAAAUACUGAUUGUAGGUGAUGGAAAUGUUGGAAAGUCUUCCUUUGUGCACCGAUAUGUUAGUGGACAGUUCAACAAAACGUACAAGAUGACUGUGGGAGUGGAUUUCUCUGUUAAGUUGCUGCACUGGUCUGACAAAGAAAAAGUCAGAGUACAACUUUGGGAUAUUGCAGGCCAGGAGCGUUUCAUAUCAAUGACUAGAUUGUAUUAUAAAGGUGCAAUGGGCUGUAUUGUGAUGUUUGAUGUCACAAACUCAACUAGUUUCCAAAACUGUCACUACUGGAAACAAGACCUGGACAACAAGACCAUGCUCCCCAAUGGACGCCCCAUCCCAUGCAUCCUGCUGGCGAACAAGUGUGAUCUUUCUCAAUGGGCUGUCAAAGCAGAAAGUAUAGAGAAGUUCUGCAAGGCAAAUGGUUUCUUAACAUGGAUGGAAACUUCUGUCAAAGAUAACAAGAACGUUGGAGAGGCUAUGAGGAGGCUGGUGGAGGAGGCGUUAUCAUUGGAGUCCAGUUUGGAUCCACUGCAGGCCAAAACAGAAGUUGGUCUUCAACCAGAAUUGGAGUCAAAACUCAGCAGCAGUGCAGGAAGAAGCUGCUGCUGAGGCAGCAAACAUUUUUAUCUAGUAGACAAUCUAAAACACCUCAAGUUGGAAUCAAGUAAUUAAGGGCACUUCAUGAUAGUGUUACAGGUUAUUUUUUAAGUCUUGGCACCGCUUUGACAUGAUAGGUCACAUAAAUAAAUGCUGAAUGUACACUUUAUACAUAAGCUGUGUAACUGAAACAUAAUUUAACUUUAUUUAGAAACUGUUCACUACAAAGGUAAUCAAAAAUGAUCCUUCUUUGA